AUGUUGACGCUUCUUGACACAGGCCCUAUCAGCUACAUGAAGGUUUUAGGACAGCCUCUGGUUAUACUCAGCGAUCCCGAUAUUGCUUUGAAGCUACUAGAGAAACGCUCUGGUAAAUACUGGUCGCGCCCAGUAUCGAAUUUUGCCGAUAUGUCGGGUUGGAGUCGAAUCCUUGGCGCACUCAUCAAGCCAGAGGACAUUCGAUUAACUCGAAAGUUUCUCCAUCAAGAGAUUGGUACCAAAGGAUCUUUUUCAUCCUUCGACGAUAUCCAAAGAUCGGAGGUUAGUCGUUUGUUGUUAAGACUACUGAAAGAACCAGAUGAGCUUCAAGGAAUUAUAAGGAAAGAGGCUGGCGCGAUCACUUUGAAGAUUGCAUACGGUUAUAACAUUGAACCUCACAGUCGUGAUCCCUUGGUGGAUCUUGCCGAAACAGCAAUAAAUGAAUUCUCGCUUGCGCUCGUCCCAACGUCAUGGCUAGUGGACUUUGUGCCAAUCUUAAAAUAUUUGCCGGUCUGGUUCCCUGGUGCAGGUUUUAUCAAAACUGCUCGGCAAUUCAAGGUCAAUUCAACUGCCUUCACUGAUAUCCCAUACAAUUUUGUCAAGCAACAAAUGAAGACAGACUCGUUUAUGCCAUCUUUCCUGUCUAAUUGUCUGCAGCGCAAUCCUGUAGCACCUGGAUCCAAAGAAGAAAUUAUUCUUAAAUGGGCAGCAGCAGAUUUGUAUGCUGGUGGGUCAGAUACGACUGUCUCUUCCAUGUCCAGUUUCUUCUUAGCUAUGGCUCUUUUCCCUGAAGCUCAACGCAAGGCCCAGGAAGAGAUUGACUCUGUGAUCGGAAGCCAUCGACUCCCUCAAGCUCACGAGCGGGAAUCCCUCCCCUAUAUGAAUGCAUUAGUCAAGGAAGUGCUCCGAUGGCACCCGGUGUUGCCUGUGAAUAUUGCUCAUGCGUUAGUCCAGGAUGAUGAGUGCGAGGGCUACUUUAUCCCUAAAGGAUCGUUCGUUCUUGCCAACAUAUGGACAUUCACUCACGACCCAGAUGUCUAUGAUGAGCCCAUGACUUUUAAGCCGGAUCGUUUCUUGGAAUCUUCAAAUGGGCAUAAACCAGCACCCGAUCCCCAUCGCUAUGUAUUCGGCUUCGGACGUCGAGCAUGUCCUGGCCGGGUCCUGGCUGAUGGGAACAUAUUUCUUUCCGUGGCCCAGAUUCUGGCUGUGUAUAACAUCUCGAAGCAUAUAGUGGACGGGAAGGUCCAGGAUAUUCAACCGAACUUCACAGGAGGAGGAGUCAUCAGCCACCCCGCCCCUUACAAAGUAUCUGUCAGCCCAAGAAGCCAGAAGCAUCAAGAGCUCAUUGAAUCUCUGGAGGAAUUGUAUCCUUGGGAGAAAAGUGAUGCGGCACUUCUACCCAGUAUGUAG